ACUACCGCCACUGAGGUCCCGAAAUCUUUACUAGAGGCCACCGAUCGCUCCCAAGCAUUGAUAUUAGAUGUCACUCCAUCACCAUGGCGUCCUAGCGACACUAAGCACAUUAAUAAGUCUGGCUCCGUAAAUGGCGCAGAGAGAAAAGAAGAUGUUAUCCGAGCAUUGGUGAAUGUCAAUCUUCCCAGCCGGGCGUUGGAGCCUGUGACGGCGCCUUUUGAAUAUAUCUGCUCGCUCAAAUCCAAAUAUGUUCCCGAAAAGCUCAUCUGCGCCCUGCAUCCCUGGAUUCCAAUCGCUCGCCCUGAUCUCGAGCUUGUUAUGUCCCUUGUGGCCGACAUACAUAACACAUCACUGAUGCUUGAUGAUAUCCAAGAUGCUUCUGCACUUCGUCGCUCUAGCCCAGCUACCCACACCGUCUUUGGCACACCGCAAACAAUUAAUUCCGCUGUUUAUCAGACCGUCAAUACCAUACAAAAAGCUUCAAAUAGCGGAAAUCCACAACUGGUGCAAGUGGUAACGGAGGGAAUGAAGGAGUUGCUGGUGGGGCAGGGCCUCGAUCUGGUUUGGACAUCGGAGGUUGCAAUUCCAUCUUUGGAAAAUUGUUUGCAAAUGAUUGACGGAAAAACGGGAGCGUUGUUCCUCAUGGUAAUUAGACUCAUGGACGCUUUCCUACCUGCUUCGGCGCCUAAGGUGUCGUUCAACAGGUUUAUGCUGCUACUCGGGCGAUAUUUCCAAAUAAGGGAUGACUAUAUUAACCUGGUCUCGACCCAGUAUAGUGACGCUAUAGGCUUUUGUACCGAUUUGGACGAAGGUAAAUGCAGCUUCAUAAUACUGCACGCCAUGAACAACGCCAGUCGGUCUGCCCGAAAUCUGCUCAAGAACCUUCUCCUCCAGACGAGAAGAGCGGGCUGCGCCGGGGAGCGCCACAAAGAGCUGAUGUUUUCCAUCUUUAAAGAGGCUGGGUCUCUUGAGUAUACGGCAGAUAUGCUGGGCGAGAUAAAAAACUCUUUGUCAGUUGAGAUGGAGCGCAUAGAAACGACUACAGGUGUUAAUAACCCUGUGCUGAAGGAGUUUUUGAAUGCCCUGAGGGCCUAA